AUGUACCUCUAUCGCCUAACAAAAGACUAUUUGUCUCAACACAAACCAUGGUUUUCUCUUAUUAACGAUGUAGGUAGAGCUACACGUGUUUUACUACUAUCUAUAAUUUACAUUGAAGAACCUCGUUCCUUUACACCCCUGCAAGACUCUGGAUAUCCAUAUGGAUUUUGCUUAGGUGAAACCUGCCCUGUCAACUCUGAAGUCACUGGCAAUAUCGCAGAUCCACCAGACAGUAGCCCGGGUACACCCCAUCCAACACAGCAGUAUCCAAAACCACCCGUGGCGGUGGCGGACAGCCCCUCGCAAGUGUCAUCCCGCGGGGAACGCCCCCCGCUCUCCGCCAAAGGAGAGGAAAGUACUAAAUUCAAGAAUGUUUGGACAACUCAUUCUGCAUCUCCUAUUGCAUAUGAAAGAGGAAGAAUUUACUUAGACAAUUAUCAGUGCUGUAUUAGCAGCAUUGCACAAGAGCCAAGAAUACUUUAUCAAAAGCCAAAGUGUUCUAAGUCAGAAAAAAUAGAAGAUGCCUUAUUAUUGGAAUGCCCGCUGGGGGAAAUGCUACCAAGUCCAUCAGACUAUAAAUCUUCCCUGAUAGUCUUGACAGUGCAGAACUGGCUUCUACGUCUCUCUGCUGAUAGUGGAGAAAUUCUGGAAAAAAUAUACCUUGCUGGUUCCUGUUGCAAAUUCAGGUAUUUGAGCUGGGAUACUCCUCAAGAGGUAAUGGUUGUAAAGUCAUCUCAGAAUAAGCUCCCUGCAGCAGCGCGACAGGCAGGUAUCCAACAGUCUGUCUUGUUCUAUCUUGCUGUUUUCCAAGUUUUGCCUCUUUCGUUCGUUGGAAUGCUAGAAAUAAACAAAAAGAUAUUUGGUAAUAGUGUGACAGAUGUUGCUGUUUCUAAUGGAAUCCUGAUUGUGAUGUAUAGCAUGGGGCUGGUCAGGCUCUAUAACUUCCAGGCCAUCUGUGAACAGUUCAUGGAACAGCCGUUUGAUUUGGGACAUGAAUUCAACUGGAAUGGACAAGUGGGAGUUGUAGGAAAGUAUCCGUUUGGUCUUCCAUGUAACAUUAAAAUAACAGAUACCCCACCUUUGCUAUUUGAAGCAUCUUCUCUGGAGAAUGCAUUUCAAAUUGGAGGUUACCCUUGGCAUUAUAUCAUCACACCUAACAAGAAAAAACAUAAAGGAGUCUUCCAUAUUUGUUCCCUGAAAGACAAUGCUUUGGCAAAAAAUGGCAUACAGGAUAUGAAAUGCUGUUCACUGGAACCUGACUGGAUAUAUUUUCAUCCAGAUAUGUCAGGUAGAAUAAUCCACGUGGGACCAAAUUUGAUAAAAGUCUUGAAGUUUAAGGAAGUUAAAAAUAACACAGAUCAAAUGGAGAUUGUAGAAGAUUUUACAGUUGUGGCCAACAGAGAAAACUGUGUGAACGAUGCCGUUACUGUAACAGCUUCUGGUCGAGUGGUAAAAAAGCGUUUUAACUUGCUGGAUGAUGACCCAGAACAAGAGACAUUCAAAAUUGUGGAUUAUGAAGAUGAAUUGGAUUUGUUAUCCGCUGUGGCAGUCACUGAAAUAGGAGCUGAUGGAAAAGCACACCUUGACUUUCACUGUAAUGACCAUGGCAUUCUACUGAAGAGUAUUCCAUUACUGGAGUCCUGGGAUGUGACUUACAGUCAUGAAGUUUACUUUGACAAAGACCUUGUAUUACAUAUAGAACAGAAGCCUAACAGGAGGUUCAGUUGUUACGUUUACCAAAUGGUCUGUGAUGCUGACAAAGAUGAUGAAUGUUCAAGCCAUGAAAAAACAGAAAGCGUGUUUUGUAAAAAAGGAGGGAGAAUUUUUGAAUAUAUUUAACACAACGACAACUACAGAGACUUCAAUUGGAUGUUAUUUAAGGACUUUGUACAUACGAAUUAAUCAACUACUGUUUUUCAGGCAAGAUUUAAUCUUAACAUUUUGUACUACUACAUGAGGUUUUAUUUCUUUUUUCUCUGUAAUGUUUUACACUUGUCUGUAGUCCAUAAUGGCUUUUCAUGUAUUUACCAGUUCAUCAUUAAUGCUAGAUGCAGCGUUUAUUGCUUCUCUGCAGCAAUUGGAUUGAAAUACUGGACAUCAAGAAGAAAGAUGUGGACUUACUGAUCAUCUACCAUCUACUGCGGUCUGUCUUACGCAGUUUUACCUAUGUGACUUUAAUACAGACUGUUAAUUAAACAAAGUGU